AGAAUAAAAGAACCAAGUUCUUAUUCNCAGCAGAAAAAGAACAACAAGUGAACCAAGUGCGAGACUCAGUGCGACAGUGCCCUAUUUUCCGUUGCUGUUUCUUUCAGGAGCCAUAAAGGCUUUAUGGAAAUGGCAAUUGUUAUUGCUAUCCAUCAGGAGGAAUCAGGCAUGGAUCCGACAGAUGUUCGGAUCAAGAAGAAUGGAAAUAUCUUCUUCAGUUGGCAUCGAGUGCCAUUCGUUAACAGAUGAUCCGUUGGGCCUGAAAUUUUGGCGGUUAACUUUGGUGAGCAUUGUUAGCUUAGUGCAUUCUUUUCAAAUUUUUUCGAUCGUAACUUUUUGAUUUUUGUCUUGGACGCGGACGCGUCGUUAACGACUUCCUGUCUCCAGGAGUCAACAAAAGUUGAUGGGUCUCCUGGAGCUGGUGGCCUCAAAUAUUGUUUUGCGAAUCGUUUGUUUGUUGAGUGACUUCGUGCUGUUGGGGAUCUUCAACUUCAUCAAGAAGAAAAUUCAGCUAGUGAAAAAUGGCGUUCCUGAGGAUCCUAGUUUUGCUGGUCGUCGGUGUUGCAGCUGCUGGGGCGGACUGCGGUCCCAAGGACGGCGUCUUCAAGUGUCGGGAUGUUUGCGGAGAGGUGGUACGGGACGCCGUCGGUUACGGACGUCGGGUGACGUUCGUCGGAUUGACGCUGUUCCUGGACUGCGUUCGUCAGGCGGAUCUCAAGGAGGUGAAGCUGAUGUCGCCAACGGUCUGCGUCGGGCGUCGAGUCGACAUGGAUCGUGUCGUGACGCCUUGGAGGUUCGAGUCGACAUGGAUCGUGUCGUGACGCCCUGGAGGUGGUGCGAGGAAGUCGUGCCACCCGAGCCGGAAAUUUCGACGGCGGCAGUUCCGCCGGUGGUUGAUGAGCCUCGCCCGGUGGCGCCGACGGCCAACCUGGCGGUUGUCCACGUACCGGCGAGCAAAACGCCGUUCGUGGCUCGGGCGCCGCCCUCGACGCAACAAAGCGUCGUGGUGGCCCAGGAGGUGCCCCAUGUCAUCAGGGCGCCAUCGUCGACGCCUGAAGUGACGGUCAACAUCAAGCAUGGUGUUGCGCACGUCGAGGCAGAUGUGGACCCUUGGACUGCAAUGGUCCUAGUCUUCAUGGGCCUUGGGGGAGCGGGAGCCACGUCUUUGGCUGCAGAUGUGGACCCUUGGACUGCAAUGGUCCUAGUCUUCAUGGGCCUUGGGGGAGCUGGAGCCACGUCUUUGGCUGUCUUUUUGGUUUGGCUAGUCAAGUUCAUCAGGAACAAGUCAUCGUACAUGAGGGAACUGGUGCGAAUGCUGACGCCGGAGGAUCAGCAGGAUCCGGAAGCCCAACCGGUGGAAGAUCUACUGGGGCUGGAAGAGGCGGAUAAAACCGUCGAAGAAAAGCAAAAGGAAGAGUUGUCGUCGUACAUGAGGGAGUUGGUGAGGAUGCUGACGCCGGAGGAUCAGCAGGAUCCAGAAGCCCAACCGGUGGAGGAUCUGCUGGGGCUGGAGGAAGCGGAUAAGACCGUCGAAGAAAAGAAGGAGGAACAACUGGUCCUUGAGGACAAUAAUCCGUUUAAAGAGAUGUUAGACGCGUAAAUAUAAAAUCGCGUCAAAGAAAGAGAGUGCCAUUUUUCGUACCCGCAUUUUUAUAUGGGUCAAGGCAAUAAGAGAAAUUGUAAAAAGAA